AUGCACCGCUGUUGUGUGAGGUUGCCCGCACCUGCGUUGUUGCCUGUGAUGACGUCCCUCCCUCUCUUGCACUCUCCCCGUCCCCACCUGCCCUGCACCGUGGUCGACUGCUCCCGACGCCCUGCACAGACUCUCGUCGCCACCACCAGCAGCAGCCCUCUAUAUACCCGCCACUGCCGCAGCGUUCGGGCCGUGGCCUCUGCGUUUCACUUGCUCUCCCCUCGCUCUGUUCAUUGCUUCCUUCUGUUCCCCUCGCUGCCCGCGUCCGCGAUGGCGACGUCGAGGGCCGCUCUCUGCGCUGUUGCGGUUGUGUGCGUGGUGCUUGCGGCUGCCUGCGCACCUGCGCGCGCGAUACACGUGGGCACGCCGGCUGCUGCGCUGUUCGAGGAGUUCAAGCGGACGUACGGGCGCGCGUACGAGACGCUGGCGGAGGAGCAGCAGCGGCUGGCGAACUUCGAGCGCAACCUGGAGCUGAUGCGCGAGCACCAGGCGCGGAACCCCCACGCGCAGUUCGGGAUCACGAAGUUCUUCGACCUGUCGGAGGCGGAGUUCGCCGCGCGCUACCUGAACGGCGCCGCGUACUUCGCAGCGGCGAAGCGGCACGCCGCCCAGCACUACCGCAAGGCGCGCGCGGACCUGUCGGCGGUGCCUGAUGCGGUGGACUGGCGCGAGAAGGGCGCCGUGACGCCGGUGAAGGAUCAGGGUGCGUGCGGGUCGUGCUGGGCGUUCUCGGCGGUCGGCAACAUCGAGGGGCAGUGGUACCUUGCCGGCCACGAGCUGGUGAGCCUGUCGGAGCAGCAGCUGGUGAGCUGCGAUGACAUGAACGAUGGCUGCGACGGCGGGCUGAUGCUGCAGGCGUUCGACUGGCUGCUGCAAAACACGAACGGGCACCUGCACACGGAGGACAGCUACCCCUACGUGUCCGGCAACGGCUAUGUGCCCGAGUGCUCGAACAGCAGUGAGCUCGUUGUCGGUGCGCAGAUCGACGGCCACGUGUUGAUCGGGAGCAGCGAAAAGGCGAUGGCUGCGUGGCUCGCGAAGAAUGGCCCCAUCGCGAUUGCGCUGGACGCCAGCUCCUUCAUGUCCUACAAGAGCGGCGUGCUGACCGCGUGCAUUGGUAAACAGCUGAACCACGGUGUGCUGCUCGUCGGGUACGACAUGACUGGUGAGGUUCCGUACUGGGUGAUCAAGAACUCGUGGGGUGGGGACUGGGGCGAGCAGGGCUACGUGCGCGUGGUGAUGGGGGUGAACGCGUGCCUGCUCAGUGAAUACCCCGUGUCCGCGCAUGUGCGGGAGAGUGCCGCCCCUGGCACGAGCACGAGCAGCGAGACGCCCGCACCCAGACCCGUGAUGGUGGAGCAGGUGAUCUGCUUCGAUAAGAACUGCACUCAGGGGUGCAGGAAAACCCUGAUCAAGGCGAACGAGUGCCACAAGAACGGUGGAGGAGGCGCCUCUAUGAUCAAGUGCAGUCCGCAGAAGGUGACGAUGUGCACGUACUCGAACGAAUUCUGCGUGGGCGGGGGGCUGUGCUUCGAGACUCCUGAUGGUAAGUGCGCGCCGUACUUUUUGGGCUCGAUCAUGAACACCUGUCACUACACGUAG